GUUUUUCUUUCUUCUAUUUUGAAAGAAAAUACUAGUAUUAUCAUAAACGAAUCCCCAAAAGAAAACCCCCUAUUUUCAUAGUUUCAUGUCUUUUGAUGGCUAUGUCCAACGCUUCCCCGAACUUCCAAAUUUCCCCUCAUUUUCUCGUCUCCCCUCAAUUAUCCCUCAGAUUUUCCCGCACUUUUCCACCGGUGACACGGAAACGUUUCCGACCGAUUAGUGCCUUCAAAGAAUGGCGCGAAUACGAAGACGCAGUGAAGCGGAAGGACCUCGCCGGAGCUCUCAGUUUCCUGAAAUCCCUUGAAACCGAGCAACGCCUAACUGCUGAGCCUUUCGGUGAAGAAACUUCUCCGCUGGCCGAGUUGACUCGGUCUCGUUUCCGCGAGUUGGAAGUGUUCGGGCCGCAGAGAGAUUGGGAAAUUCUGGACACUUGCAUGAGUGCUGAUAACAUGAAACUUGUUGGGAAUGCUUACAAGUUUCUCAAGGAUAGGGGUUUCUUGCCCAGUUUUGGUAAAUGCAGGAAUAUUGUUUUGGAGGGUCCUAGGAAUGUAACACCGGAUGUCUUGAGCUCCUCAACUGGUUUGGAAGUGACUAAACUUGCUCCAAAGAAGUGGGGCCUCACGGUUGGUUCAAGCACUGUUUUGGUUGCUUUUUUUGGUGGCGUGUCCUUUCUUAUUUCACAAGGAAUAGAUCUCAGGCCCAACCUUGCAGUGAUAUUAGGUCUAGCCAUUGCAGAUUCUAUAUUCUUGGGAGGUACCUGUUUAGCUCAAAUAUCAAGUUACUGGCCACCAUAUAGGCGUCGAAUCCUCAUUCAUGAAGCAGGACAUCUCCUAAUAGCUUACUUGAUGGGUUGCCCAAUUCGGGGGGUGAUUUUAAAUCCAAUAGUUGCAGUGCAAAUGGGUAUCCAAGGACAGGCAGGGACUCAAUUUUGGGAUGAGAAAGUUGCCAGCGACCUUGCCAAAGGCCGACUUGAUGGUUCAGCUUUUGACAGGUACUGUAUGGUACUUUUUGCUGGAAUUGCAGCUGAAGCUCUUAUUUAUGGCGAGGCAGAGGGUGGAGAAAAUGAUGAAAAUCUGUUUAGAAGCAUCUGUCUUCUUCUUGAGCCUCCAUUGUCUGUAGCAGAGAUGUCUAAUCAAGCAAGAUGGUCAGUUUUGCAAUCUUAUAAUUUACUUAAGUGGCAUAAAUCUGCACACCGAGCUGCCGUCAAAGCAAUGGAAAGCGGUAGCAGUCUCAGUGGUGUAAUUAGGAGGAUUGAGGAGACACUAUAUCGUGAAAAAUAAACUUUGGAAGUUUAAGAAAAGAAACAAAUUUUGUGUUGUAAGUUGCAUACAGGGUUAUUGCAAUGCGUUUGUUGUAGCGAUUGCAUAUUUGCAGAUGCAACAUGUAUUGGUCCCUGUCUAGUCAGUCUACCAUGACAGAAUCAAUCAAGCGAAUAAUUUAUGUUUCAGAAGGUGACAGUGUUGAAGUUGGUCCCAAAUUUACUCAACAUGGUUAGAUAUGUAAUAUAAUACUAAUGGAAAUGGUCAUUGUAAGAAUGGCAGCUGAGUUUAAAAUGGUUCUUAGCCCGGCAUAGGUUUUCUGCUAGAAGUUAUAGAAAAUGGGAUGUAAAUAACUAUUGUCAUUCACGGACAAUCGUUUUUUUUACCAUGUCCCAUUAUGUAUUUAUAACCGCAAGCUAUGAAGUCUCUUGUAAAAACAUUUUUUCUAUUUCUCAUUAUUUAUUAUUUUGGUCA